UGUCUUUAUAAAAUCGUAUAGAGAUGAGCAACAGUUAGUACUUUCUGUCAGCCCAAGGAGGAGAGGAAGCGAGAGAGAGAGAACAACUGGGGCUGUUGAUUUUGUCCCAAUUUUUCACACUUUUAGAAAAAGUGUUGGUGGGUAACGCAUUUUUAAAAAAACAUCUCUGUCCUCUAACGGAAUUAGACCCAUUUUCUCCUCUUCAUGUUGGACUUGGAGCUCCGAGUUGGGAUCUGAGCUUUGGGGGGUUUUUUGUUGUUGUUGUUUUGUUUGCAAAGCCUCCCCUUGAGCUGAGAGGAUGGAAGACGCUCACACUCAGGAGUCGGCUGCGUGUCUGUCCUACUUUGGUGUCAAUGAGAACACAGGCCUUUCACCUGACCAGUUCAAAAGGAACCUGGCCAAGUUCGGCUUUAAUGAGCUGCCUGCUGAGGAAGGUAAAUCCAUCUGGGAGCUGGUGGUGGAGCAGUUUGAGGAUUUGUUGGUCAGGAUCCUGUUGCUAGCUGCCUGCAUCUCUUUUGUUCUGGCCUGGUUUGAAGAGGGUGAGGAAACUGUAACUGCCUUCGUUGAGCCUUUCGUUAUUCUGCUCAUUCUUAUUGCCAAUGCUGUGGUCGGUGUUUGGCAGGAGCGUAAUGCUGAGAGCGCCAUUGAGGCUUUGAAGGAGUAUGAGCCAGAGAUGGGUAAGGUGUACCGAGCUGACAGGAAGAGUGUGCAGAGGAUCAAGGCCAGGGAGAUCGUCCCUGGAGACAUCGUGGAAGUGUCAGUUGGUGAUAAAGUCCCCGCUGAUAUCAGAAUCACUUCAAUCAAAUCCACAACACUGCGUGUUGACCAGUCCAUCCUUACUGGUGAGUCUGUGAGUGUGAUUAAACACACAGAGUCUGUACCUGACCCCAGAGCUGUCAAUCAGGACAAGAAGAACAUGCUCUUCUCUGGCACCAACAUCGCUGCAGGAAAAGCCAUCGGCGUAGCUGUGGCAACCGGCGUCUCCACUGAGAUCGGAAAGAUCCGUGACCAGAUGGCAGCCACCGAGCAGGAGAAGACACCACUGCAGCAGAAGUUGGACGAGUUCGGAGAGCAGCUCUCCAAGGUCAUCUCGCUUAUCUGUGUGGCCGUGUGGAUCAUAAACAUCGGACACUUCAACGACCCUGUACAUGGUGGAUCCUGGAUCCGUGGCGCCAUUUACUACUUUAAAAUCGCUGUGGCCCUGGCUGUAGCUGCCAUCCCUGAGGGUCUUCCUGCUGUGAUUACUACGUGCUUAGCUCUGGGAACACGCCGUAUGGCCAAGAAGAAUGCCAUUGUGCGCUCUCUGCCCUCUGUAGAAACUCUAGGCUGCACCUCAGUCAUCUGCUCUGACAAGACUGGCACUCUGACCACCAACCAGAUGUGUGUGACCAAGAUGUUCAUCAUUGAGGAGGUGAAAGGGAACCAUGUGACUCUUGACCAAUAUGAUAUCUCUGGCUCAAAAUACACUCCUGAAGGAGAAGUAACUAAAGGUGGUCUUCCAGUGAAGUGUGGCCAGUAUGAUGGGCUGGUUGAGCUGGCGACCAUCUGUGCCCUGUGUAAUGACUCCUCGCUGGAUUAUAACGAGUCAAAGGGAAUCUAUGAGAAGGUGGGUGAAGCUACUGAGACGGCACUCUGCUGCCUGGUGGAAAAGAUGAACGUGUUCAACACUGAGGUCCGUGGCCUGUCCAAGGUGGAGAGAGCCAAUGCCUGCUGCACGGCAAUUAAGCAGCUGAUGAAGAAGGAGUUCACACUAGAAUUCUCCCGUGACAGGAAGUCCAUGUCUGUCUACUGUUCUCCUGCCAAGCCCUCCGAGGCGUCUCUCGGCAAUAAGAUGUUUGUCAAGGGUGCUCCUGAGGGUGUGAUUGACAGAUGUGCAUAUGUGAGUGUGGGAACCACCCGCUUACCCCUUACUUUCCCAGUGAAAGAAAGGAUCAUGGCUGUGAUUAAGGAAUGGGGAACUGGCCGUGACACCCUGCGCUGUCUGGCUCUUGCCACUCGAGACUCCCCUCUGAGGAAGGAGGAGAUGAACCUAGAGGAUUCCACCAAGUUUGCUGACUAUGAGACUGAUCUCACCUUUGUGGGCUGUGUUGGCAUGCUGGAUCCCCCUCGUAAGGAGGUCAUGGGCUCCAUCCAGCUGUGCAAGGCUGCUGGUAUCCGGGUCAUUAUGAUCACUGGUGAUAACAAGGGCACUGCUGUGGCUAUCUGCCGUCGCAUCGGCAUCUUUGGAGAGGAUGAAGAUGUCACUGGGCGUGCUUUCACAGGUCGUGAGUUUGAUGACCUGCCCCUGUCACAACAGAGAGAGGCAGUGCGGAAGGCCUGCUGCUAUGCCCGUGUCGAGCCUUCUCACAAAAGCAAGAUUGUGGAAUUCUUGCAGAGUUAUGAUGAGAUCACAGCCAUGACUGGUGAUGGUGUGAAUGAUGCCCCUGCGCUGAAGAAAGCAGAGAUUGGUAUUGCUAUGGGCUCUGGCACAGCUGUUGCCAAGUCAGCCUCGGAGAUGGUCCUGGCUGAUGACAACUUCUCUUCUAUAGUGUCUGCUGUUGAGGAAGGCAGAGCCAUCUACAACAACAUGAAACAGUUCAUCCGCUACCUCAUUUCUUCCAACGUGGGAGAGGUUGUCUGUAUCUUCCUGACUGCUGCUCUUGGUCUGCCUGAGGCACUGAUCCCAGUCCAGUUAUUGUGGGUGAAUCUGGUCACUGAUGGUCUUCCUGCUACCGCUCUAGGUUUUAACCCCCCUGACCUGGAUAUCAUGGGAAAGGCUCCUCGAUCUCCCAAAGAGCCACUCAUUUCUGGCUGGCUUUUCUUUAGAUAUCUGGUCAUUGGAGGUUAUGUUGGAGCUGCUACUGUGGCUGCUGCUGUAUGGUGGUUCAUCUCCUCUGAAGAUGGCCCAAUGGUGACCUUCUACCAGCUGUCCCACUUCAUGCAGUGCACUGAAUAUAAUGAGGACUUCGCCGACAUUGAAUGUGAGGUGUUUGAGUCCGCUCCCCCGAUGACCAUGGCUCUGUCUGUGCUUGUCACCAUCGAGAUGUGCAACGCCCUCAACAGCUUGUCAGAGAACCAGUCUCUGGUGCGUAUGCCUCCCUGGAGCAACCUCUGGCUGGUGGCUGCCAUGUCCCUGUCCAUGUCCCUGCACUUUAUGAUCAUCUAUAUUGAUCCUCUGCCUCUGAUUUUCAAGUUAACUCAUCUGAAUCUGGAUCAGUGGCUCAUGGUGCUAAAGCUCUCUCUCCCCGUCAUCCUCAUCGACGAGGUGCUGAAGUACAUUGCACGCACCUACUUGGAACAGAAAGACGAGAACCUGGUGUCGAAGAAAUGGGACUAGAACAAGGGUAACAAAUGAGAAAGAACUGGCUCUAAAGAAUGAGUACAAUUACCCAUCCUGAAAGGAAUUACAACAAACGUUCAAAACAUCCAACAGUGAACAAGUCAACAUACCUGAGAAUACAAAAAAGGAAGAAAAGACAGGAAAGAAAAUGUAUAAAACACACAAAUGUUCUGUGAAUAUGAAUGUGAUCUACAGUAGCAGUCAAAAGUUUGGGAACACCUCCUCAUUCAUAGGAUUUUCUAUAUUUUUGACUAUUUUCUACAUUGUAGAACAAUCAAAACUAUGAAAUAACAUGGAAUUAUAUGGUAAACAAAAACUUAAAAAAAAAAGUUUCAUAUUUUAGAUUCUUCAAAGUAAUCAGCACUUACCUUGACGCUUUGCACACUAUUGGCAUUAUCGUAAUCAGCUUCAUGAGGUAGUCACCUGGAAUGCUUUUCAGUUAACAGCUGCGCCUCGUCGAAAGUUAAUUAGUGGAUGAGUUUUUUGCCUUCUUAAUGUGUUUGAGAUCUCGUCUCAUUAUCUCUAGCCGCUUUAUCCUGUUCUACAGGGUCGCAGGCAGCUGACUACGGGUGAAAGGCGGGGUACACCCCGGACAAGUCGCCAGGUCAUCACAGGGCUGGCACAUAGACACAGACAACCAUUCACACUCACAUUCACACCUACGGUCAAUUUAGAGUCACCAGUUAACCUAACCUGCAUGUCUUUGGACUGUGGGGGAAACCGGAACACCCGGAGGAAACCCACGCAGACACGGGGAGAACAUGCAAAGUCCACACAGAAAGGCCCUCGCCGGCCACGGGGCUCGAACCCGGACCUUCUUGCUGUGAGGCGACAGCGCUAACCACUACACCACCAUGCCACCCCUGUGUUUGAGAUCAAACAGUAAAUAAUAAAAAUACAGUAAAUCGCCCUAUUCAUACAACAACUGUAGUAAUCCACAUCAUGUCAACAAACGCUUGACUAAGUAAAGAGAAACAACAUCCAUCAUUACUUUAAGACAUGAAGUCUUAAUUUAAUUAAUAAAAAAAAACCAAACAUUGAAUUAGAAGCUGUGUCCAAACUUCUGACUGGUACUGUAAGUUUAUGUAUUUAAAUAAAUUAACAUUAUAAAAAAGUAUAAACUAAUAUUUUAAGGAUUCUAUUCCUAAAAAAAAAAAAUAUAUUUCUUAAUAAAGAUAUAUAUUUUUAAAAAUU